AUGCCCAUUCUAUACUUUGAAAACCAGUCUACCCGUCGUCUAAUCCCUCUUGGAAUCCACGAAAACACAACUUAUUUCUAUACGGACUCUAAUCAAUUCUACGAAUUUCUUGCUUUUGACAUUCGAUUUCCUCAUAAAUGGCGUCUGGUUGGACGGUUCGAACGACAAGAUAUUUCAUAUGGAUUCUCUUCGUUGUCUCCAGGUGCACGAUACAUUUAUGUCUUGUUUUUGAGAAUGACGGAUGAAGUCACUUUUGGAAUUCAGAGGAUUGAUUUGGUGGAGAGGAAAGAGGACGAAUUUAGAUACACAGGAGACAUCUCCGAAGCACUGCGAAUCAACUUUGAAAGAGUCACGAUGCGAAGUGGACCGAAUGGAAAGUUAGUUCUAUUCGAUAGGUCUCUAGUUCAAGGAGAAAUUCCACUUUGGACUAUCCAAUUAUCAGAAGAAGCGUCUAAAACAUUCACUGUUUCGUACAAUCCGAUUGGUGUGAAAGGGAAGAACACAGCUAGAAACGGGUGCUUGUUCACCGUGGCAGUUGAUCCAGUCAAUCGGUGUUUUGCAAAGUUAAUGAGUCCCCGUAAAAUGCUCGUCUACACGGAAAGUCGAAUGUGGCAGGAAUACGAAAUACCCCCUGAAGAGUCACUCUACGAUAUAUUCGGAUCUGAUGGUUUCCCAAUUGAGGAGAAUAGAGCUGUCCACGAGACAUUUGGAAGGCAUGGGCACCGAGCGGGAGCUAUGCAGACUAGGCUUACCUUCCAUGAUUUGAAUGGAACGGUUGUUGCUCGCAUGCUUCAUAUGGAUCGGAAGAAUACUACGGCUGUUGUGGAAUUGGACCACAGACAUCGAGAAAUCCGUGUUCGAAAACUGGCAACAUUCCUUCUCAACGACUCGGUUUCCAGAAUGUUCUAUCUCAUCGCCUCUCCGGAUGUUCACGUGUUUCUGGGUGUACGUCACAGUGCGGUAGUUUAUAUCAAGAUUCCGAGUCUCGAAGAAAUCGUUGGCUGGAGAAUGCAGAAGAAACUUCAAAGAGAUGGGUAUUCGGAUGAAGUGUCUCAAAUCUCAAACUUUACUGAUUUAAUGAUAUUAUCAUUCGAUAAAUACGCGGUGAAAACGGAGGAAACAAAAAUGGUAACGGAGAAUAUGGAACAAUUAGAAAUUCAAGAUUCAAGAGAACUGGAUUCAAUGGAGAUGGAUUUUGAGUUGGAUUAG